AAUCCAACGUAACCCACUAACGCGGAGUGUGUGAGAGUGUGUGUGAGAGUGUGUGUGUGUGUAAGAGAAAUCGAGCCUUGUUUACAGCGCCGGAGCUGCGAUAUCAGGAGCUACACUUUAUUCUGCGCGCUUAUCGGAAAUCAUAAUGGAGAUAAUAGCAUCAGCGACCAACAGAGCGCAUUCGUCCAGUCAGCUGUCGUGGGUCUGAUCGCUCAACGCUCAUCUAUUUCUGCUUGGGGAAAACACACACACACACCUAAGCUAAUUACUAGCGCUUCUUGCUAACGGAGCGGAGCUACCAAUUCAAAAUCUCAGACUCGACACGGACGGAGAGAGAGAGAGAGAGAGAGAGAGAGAGAGAGAGAGAACGCGAGGAAAAAGACGGAGAGGGAGGAAAAGCGGCGCUGCGGCGAUUUCUCUCUCUCUCACUGUUUUGGGUUUUCCCACUUUUGGAUUAUACAUUAUUAUUAUUAUUAUUAUUUUUGCAUCUUUCCAGUCAGUCCUAGUCUCCCUCCCAAGUUCCCAAGUUAGGAAAGUUGCCUGAUGAGAAUUAAUCACCUCGCUGCAUAUGAGCGACUCUCCCAACAUCCAGCGUCUCGUCUCUUCCAGCUAGUUAGCCGUUAGCUCGCGCAGCGCAGGGGUUCUUUUUUUUUUCCUCCAUUGGACCGGCUAAAGGCGGCUAGCUCGGCUCAGCUAGCCACGCGAAAGCGAUGGAGUCAGAGGAUGCGGGCUUCCAGUUUCACUCCUCAACUUGUGCGGGAAUUGGGUUAUACAUCGGCUAGCGUCUACCAGGUCUAAGUGGGAUAGUACGGGCGAGCUCGGGUAUCAGCAGGCUAGUUAGCUCGAGUGACUAAACUCCAUGCUGAAGUCGAGCUAAGUCGGCUAAGCUAACAGAACUCCGAUAGAAAUUCCUAUACGCACCAGGCUAAACAAGCCAAGCUAGCGACACUCGUGUGUGUGGGAGAGAGAGAGAGCAUUUUAUUUAGCAAGCUUUUUCAGGGGAAAAAAUACCAAGAAAAAUUUUGUUUAAAAGACUGCUGUUAAUUAUAGACGGUGGGGUAUUUUUUAAGGGGUGCCUUUUUUUUUUCUUUAGUUACUUUUCCCCCCAGUGUUUACAGGAAUGAGGUGUUGGACAGCCAGGACUCAUUUGUCCUUAUUUUGUGCCCUGCUGCUGCUGCUGCUGUCCCUCUCAGUUCACUGCCAGUGGCCCUCAAAUGACGGAAUCUGUACUCCAGGCAUUGACAUCGGAAAUGACAUCAGUGACUUCAAGAAGUUGGAGAACUGUACGGUGGUUGAGGGCUACCUGAAGAUCCUUCUCAUCGUAAACAAGAACACCAAUCAGGAGGUCUUCCGCACGCUCAGUUUCCCCAAGCUGACCAUGAUUACAGACUACCUGCUCCUCUUCCGCGUCACCGGGCUGGAAACCCUGAGCACGCUCUUCCCGAACCUGUCGGUGAUCCGAGGUCGCAAUCUCUUCUACAACUACGCACUGGUCGUCUUCGAGAUGAACAACCUGAAAGACAUCGGCCUCUACAGCCUGCGCAACAUCACCCGCGGCGCCAUAAGGAUCGAGAAGAACCCGGAGCUCUGUUACUUGGAUUCCAUCGACUGGUCUCUCAUCAUGAACGCGGACUUAAACUUCAUCGCCGGGAACAAGCAGGGCAAGGAGUGUGCAGAUGUUUGCCCGGGGUUCACGGAGGAGAGUCCACAGUGCAUCAAGACCAACUUCAGUGGCGUCGCAAACUACCGCUGCUGGACAUCCAAGCACUGCCAGAAAGUGUGCCCAGAGCGAUGUGGGCAGCGGGCAUGUACGGAUUCGGGGGAGUGCUGCCAUGCUCAGUGCCUGGGCAGCUGCACAGCUCCAGACAGCUCCACGGCCUGCGCCGCCUGCCAGCAUUACUCCCACGAAGGCCGCUGCGUGGAGCAUUGUCCUCUAGGCACAUACAUAUUCGAGGGCUGGCGCUGCAUCACCUUAGAGAUGUGCUCUGUGGUCCAUCUGCCUUACCUAGAGCGCUUUGUCAUCCACAAAGGCGAAUGCAUGAUGGAGUGCCCACCUGGCUUUAAUCGUGAAAGCAGUCAGAGUAUGUUCUGCAGUGCUUGUGAUGGCUUGUGCGACAAGGUGUGUGACGGGAAAGACAUCGACUCCGUGGACGCUGCACAAUCCCUGAAGGACUGCACAGUGAUCAACGGCAGCCUGCGCAUCAACAUCCGCCGUGGCAAUAACAUAGCAUCCGAGUUGGAGAACUUCCUCGGUCACAUCAAGACAGUGACCGGAUGUGUGAGGAUUUCUCAUUCUUCCACUCUGAGCUCGCUGUCCUUCCUCAAGAGUUUAAAUCACAUCAGCGGGAAGGAGCUCUGCGAUAACAUGUACGCCUUCUCAGCGUUUAAUAACGAGCACCUCCAGUUUCUGUGGGACUGGUCACAGCACAACCUGACCAUUCACGCAGGGAAGCUCUUCUUUGGCCGGAACCCCAACCUGUGCAUGUCCGAGAUUCGCAAGAUGUGGCUGAAAACAGGCAUCAAGGAGAAGUUCGUGGAGGACGAGUUCCGCAACAAUGGCGGGCGUGCAAACUGUGAACAUAAAAUUCUGAAGUUCAUAAGCAAUAGCACUGGGAGUAACUCGAUAGUUCUGACAUGGGAACGCUAUCAACCUCAGGGUUACAGUGGACUCAUCAGUUUUGAAGUGUACUACAAAGAAGCGCCUUUUCAGAAUAUCUCAGGGUUUGACGAUCAGGAUGGUUGUGGGUCCAACAGCUGGAUGAUGGUGGAAGUGGACUUGCCUCAGGACCAAAAGAGAAACCCUGAAGUCAACCUCACAGGCCUUAAUCCCAUGACGCAGUACGCUGUCUUUUUGAAGACUGUGACUUUGGUAGCGGAGAACAUAGACACGCAUGUCCUGGGGGCCAAGAGCGAGCUGGUCUAUAUUCUGACUAAGCCUAAAGUACCAACAAUGCCUGUUAAUAUCCGCGCCUACGCCAACUCCUCCUCAAGCCUGGUGGUUCAGUGGUCUCCUCCUGUCUCUCCCAACGGGAAUCACAUCUACUAUCUGCUGCGCUGGCAACAGCUAGAAGAAGACCGUGAACUCUAUCAGCACAACUACUGCUCUAAAGAGCUGAAGAUUCCCAUCAGAUACUCCACAGGACUGGGAGACAUCGUCGGGAACAUAAAGCCCACCAAUUCUGACUCAGCAGGGGAGAACAAAACCCUUUGCUGCAGUUGCCCUAAAUCUAGUUCUGAUAUGAGAAAGAACGGGGACGACAUCAUCUACAGUAAAGCCUUUGAAGACUUCCUCCACAACAGCAUCUUCCAGCCCAGACCCAGCCUCCGUCAGCGCAGAGACGUGUCAGGAGUGGCCAACUCCAGCUUCCUACACUCACUGCUAGGUGCCAGUGGGAGCCCGGGCGAGGGCAACUCCUCAUCCUCAGAACCACAUAAGCAAGAGUUUCAGGAGAGAAAGCUGGAAGAAACAAGCACUGAAAUCCAGGGCCUGCAGCCUUUCACUGUGUACCGCAUCGACCUGCACGCCUGCAACGAGGAGAUCCAGCAGUGCAGUGCUCCUGCCUUCGCCUUCCCCCGCACCGAACCAGCAGACAAAGCUGAUGACAUCCCUGGCCCAGUGACGUGGCAGGAUUUGGAUGACUCUGUGAUUGUCAAGUGGCCUGAACCAGCACAACCCAAUGGCCUCAUCCUGCUCUACGAGAUCCAGUUCCAUCUGGGAGGCGAGCUGGAGAAGCACGAGUGUGUGUCCCGUCAACACUAUAAGGAGCAUCGGGGUGUACGGCUCACUAACCUUGGCCCCGGGAAGUACUCGGUCCGUGUGAGGGCUACCUCACUGGCUAGAAAUGGCUCAUGGACACAGCCCAUAGUCUUGAACAUCCCACGGGCUGAAAGCUUUGAGAAUCUUCUCUUCUUAAUGAUCAUCCCCUUUGGGCUCAUGAUGUUGGCCCUUGGAGUGGCCAUGUUUGUGGUCAAUAAGAAAAGGAACAGCGACAGGCUGGGAAAUGGAGUUCUGUACGCCUCGGUCAACCCAGAGUACCUCAGUGCGACAGAAGUGUAUGUCCCUGAUGAAUGGGAGGUAGCACGGGAAAAGAUCACCAUGAUGAGAGAGUUGGGCCAAGGCUCCUUCGGCAUGGUGUACGAGGGCAUCGCCAAGGGCGUUGUCAAGGAUGAGCCCGAAACCCGGGUGGCCAUCAAAACUGUUAACGAGUGCGCCAGCAUGCACGAGCGCAUCGAAUUCCUCAACGAAGCCUCCGUCAUGAAAGAGUUCAACUGUCACCAUGUGGUCCGUCUCCUUGGUGUGGUCUCACAGGGACAGCCCACUCUAGUCAUUAUGGAACUGAUGACACAAGGCGAUCUGAAGAGUUAUCUACGCACUCUACGAUCCAGCAAGAACACAACCAGCCUGCCUUUGCCACCGCUGAAGAAGAUGAUUCAGAUGGCAGGAGAGAUUGCAGACGGCAUGGCAUACCUCAAUGCCAACAAGUUUGUCCACCGAGACUUGGCAGCCAGGAACUGCAUGGUGGCUGAAGACUUCACUGUCAAAAUCGGAGACUUUGGCAUGACGCGGGACAUUUACGAGACAGAUUACUACAGAAAGGGUGGGAAGGGCUUGCUGCCUGUGCGCUGGAUGUCUCCAGAAUCCCUCAAAGACGGCGUCUUCACCACCAUGUCUGACGUGUGGUCGUUUGGUGUGGUGUUAUGGGAGAUAGCCACCUUGGCAGAGCAGCCCUAUCAGGGUAUGUCCAAUGAGCAGGUUCUGCGCUUCGUCAUGGAAGGAGGUCUACUAGACAAACCUGACAACUGCCCCGAUAUGAUGUUUGAGCUGAUGCGCAUGUGCUGGCAGUAUAACCCCAAGAUGCGCCCCACCUUCCUAGAGAUCAUCAGCAGUAUCAAGGAUGAUCUGGAGCCCAAUUUCAAGGAGGUGAGCUUCUUCUACAGCGAAGAGAACAAGCCACCAGACACGGAAGAGCUGGACCUAGAGAACCUGAGCACCAUGGAGAACGUUCCUUUGGAGCCUUGUGCCAAGGCCCCGGUGCCCUCGCCCACUCCCUCCUCGCCCUCCUCGGGCACAGACAAACGCUGCACCAACGGGCCGGUACUGCUGCUGAGAAGCCCGUUUAAUGAGGCCCAGCCUUACGCGCACAUGAAUGGUGGGAGGAAGAACGAGCGCACAUUGCCCUUGCCCCAGUCGUCAGCGUGCUGAUGCCAGCCUGCCCGCUUUUUGUCCUCUUUUAUUAGGUCACGUUAAACUCCGGAGAACUCCCAAACUCCACUCUGUCUAAUCACCACGUCCUCUCUGGAACAUAACGGCACAAAGGAAAGCCAGACAGAAAGGCGUCGAGGAUGUCAACCUCUCAUCAUACCUCAGUGACGCAGUUUGUUUUUCUCUUUGUGUUAUGACCUGCGUCGACUGACGGACAGAUGGCAAACUUCACCGCCAUCACUGUAGAAGCAUGGCAAACACUGACGAAAAGAAAAGAAACCCGAAACAAUAUGGAACACACACAGUAACUUCCAAGGAGCGCACACUCCCUCCUUUUAUAGCGUUUUUGUUACUUUUCUACAUUUCCAAAUAGGGAAUUUCACAUUUAGGGUGUUGUCUGAAAUCAGUCAUGGUGAGGUGGCAUUAAUGUAAAGCAGAAUUUAAUAUUCUUAAUUUUUAUUCCAACAGAGAGGCACUUUUGUGUUUUAGGUGUCCAAAGACAUGGUAGCUCUUAAAGAGUGUGCCAGAGCGGUUUCAGUGAGGCUCAAAGCCGGGUGGCGCCAUUAACAAGGAGCUUCAUCUAACACGAUGCGAGACUCCGCCCACUCUGUGUAUCCACUCAGUGGUAGAGCAGAAAGUCUCAAACCUGCCAUCAUCUUUUUUUUUUUUUUCUUUUUUCUUUUAAUUAAUAUACUCCUUUUCUCACCGUCUUUCUUGCUGCGCUUUUGUGCUCUUGAAGGCGCAUAAAAGCAAAUAUGACACUCCACAUUUUUUUACACUGGUGUGUAUAUAUCUAUCCAUACAUAUACCUUUUUUUUUUUUUUUUCUUUUUUCCAACUCUUCUUGUGCUUAAUUGAUUUAUGAUCAAUGGCGAGUUUUUUUUGUUUUUGUUUUUGUUUUGUUUUUUUCUCCUUCACCAGAUUGCCUCCUGUUUAUUUUCUUGACCAGGUUUCUGUCUUGUACAUUCAAUUCUACUGCUAAACUUCCAGCCACGUUUAGGAAGACACGGGGGGGGGGGGGGGGACGACUGUUGGGAUGUAGAAAUAAAUAAACACACGGUCUUGAAAAAGGCCUAACAUGCAAUUAACCACAUUGCAAAAAAUAAAAAAGGUACCUGGAUGAGAUUUAGGCAAACAUGAAGGGAUAUCGUGCGUCGUGAAAAAAAAACAGAGCAGGUAUUUUUAUAGUUUCGUCACCUUUAGCCCCCGACACCCCACCCCACUGCCCCAACACCCCCCCCCACACACACACACACACACACACCGCCAUCUCAGUCGGUCAAAUGUUGGACCACAGAGCAAACACAUCAUUCAUCCGUCACUUUUCUACCUUUUUUACGGUUCAAAUGAACUCCUGUAUGUCUGUACUGAAAGAAGCUGCUAUUUUCUUCUCGAUUUUUCUUUUGUGGUUGUAAAAUAUAUAUAUAUAUAUCUAUAUGUAAAACAGAUCCUUCGGGUUAAAUCCUUUACUGUGUCCACUACCAUCUUGUACUUUUUGCAUAAUAAUAAGAAAACUCUACUUAUUUAUAUUUUCUGCCCCUAAUCUUUUCUUUUCUUUUUCUUUUUCUUUUUUUUUCUUCCCUCCAUCCCCUUUACUGAUUGAAAGCGUUCGUCUUGGAAUAUGUUUUUGUCUAAAUUUACGUCAUUGUGGAAUUCAUGGUGGCGCAGUCCAUUAGCAGUUAAACACUGUGUCUUAGAAAAAUCAGAUCCUCAGGUUCGAUUCCAAACCAUCGUUUUUUGUUGUUUUUUUUGUUUUUUUUGAGGCACCUUAAACACAUUGAAGAUUUAUUAUUAUUAUUAUUAUUAUUAUUAUUAUUAUUAUUUUCCCAACUAAAUACAAUCCUCUUUAAUACAAUUCAGAUUAAAGGAAUACUUUGGCCAAAAAUUAUAUUUGCUAUUUUUUUUCUUUAAGGUUAGUUAGGGAUGCAUCGAUACGAUACCUCACUCACCCCCCAGACCAUUUAGAAUGAAUAAAGCAGGCAUUUUUUAUUAGGCUUUGUAUAUUUUGCUCCUGGCAAUGAACUCAUGAUGAGUUGUAAGUUGCAGAGGUGAUGCUAUUUAGAUGGUAUGUUUAAUCGGUAUGUCAGUUUUAUUUUGAGAACGGAGCAUCAUGAACAUAUUUGGCAGUGAAUAACUGUGUGGUGUGUCUCAGAAAUGAACCGCUCUCACACCUUGCACUUUUAAUGAACAGACGGUUCGCGUGUCAUCAGUAAUCUUGUCAUUUCGUCAAUCAUCAUUGGUUCAUUAACAUGAUGACAUACACUAGGCUCACAACACAUGCUAUGACAGCGCUUGAUGUAUUUCGGAGCAUUGUCGCAGCCAUGACUGAAUAAAUAACGAACCAAUGAUGUAACCGUAUCAGUUUUGAUGCAUCCCUGAUGUUUAUUUUAUUUAUUUAUAUAUUUUUUUUUUUACUACACACCUUACCUCAACUGCAGCCGAUCAGCCGAGACGUGCUCUUCGUCCACCUUCGUCAUCUCCAUGCAGUUUGAGAGAGGCGUGUGAUUUAGUCCUGCAAGGUUAUUCUUCGAUUUGUUAGCUACUUUAGUCUCGUAGUGAUCCAGUGCAUCAAUAAACAGAUGAAGGCACUAAAACACGCUCUUUUGAGUUCAGUGCUUGGGGAAAGUGAAAACAUUUUUCUGGCUGUAAUUUAAUCCGUGACUGUCACUGCCACCAUGCUGAUGGAAACCCAUUCAACUGCCUACUAGCAUCAGAUCAUCCUCAGAAGCGUUAGAGAUGAUUAGGGCAAAUCUAUGCAGAAAUUGUUUCAACAUGAAAGUGGUCCUUUUAUAUCCAUUUCACAAUUAAAUAACUUUGUUUUUUGUGCCA